AAUGCGGACACACACGUAAAACUUGUACUAUAGCUCGCACUCCGUUGCCACGGCAUCGUGUUCAACGCCGCGCGAUACUUUUAUAUAUUCUCUCUUCAAAAAUAAUACAUUUGACGGAAAUCUGUUCCGUCAAUAUCAAAAAAUAAUAAUCCAAAUACAUCCAUUGUUUUCGAUAAAUGCGCAUUCGCGCGCGCAAUAUCGUGAACAUGAGUUUUCCCGCCUUUUCACCAGUUUUCUUUCAAAAAGUUUUCUGUGCCAUUUAAGAUUUCGUUAUACAUACGCAUGUAUAUUGUAAUAAACGAGUGCUUCUCUUCAUGGGAAUAUAGUUUUUUCUUCAUCUCAGGACGCCGGUUGGAUAUAUCCUGAUAUAUUGGAUUUCAAGUAUCGCUUUACGAAAAGAAAAAUUAAUACAAAAUGACUUCUGCGGACUUGCAAGUUCGCGAGGCUGGGCGAGCAUUGCGUGUGCAAACAGAGGCGCCUCAUCUCGUAAUGUGUGGCAGUGGAAGGCUCUCAACGUCAGUGACAUUACACCCUAUUCCAGAAGGCAGAAUUAUUAUUGGAUGCAAUCGAGAUGCUGAUAUAGCACUCACCGGUACCGGAGUCGAACCUAUUCAUUGCAUGAUCGAAAACAAUAACGGCGUUGUCACACUUCAUCCCAUAAAUGGGAACACAUCCAUCGAUGGAAUUCCAGUUACUUCUCCUGUUCGACUCAGCCAAGGUUGUAUGCUUUCAAUAGGAAGAUCAAAUUACAUGAGGUUUAAUCAUCCAGCCGAAGCGAAACAAUUAAGAUCCGUUCUGCCAAAUUCAAGAAUAUCAAUGGCGCCGAUUUCGUUCUCACUCUCCGAAACUUUGGAGAGUCAUUUGGAACGUAAGCCGCCAGUUCCUCCGCGUAAAUCACCACGGAAUUCAUGCUCGGACGAGGAAAUUGGUUUCCUGAGUAAAUUAACCAAAUUCGAAAUGUUAGCCAGACAAAAUGGAAACUGUGUCUCGCCAAAAGUGUUUCCAGCCGGUGGCCUCACGACAAACGUACCGGCCGAUCAAAUUCUCGGCCAUUCACGAUCCUCGAGUCUGGCUUCCCUAUCGAAGCACACAAUAAGUCCCCUGCAGAAUCUCACGAAUUUCGACCGAAGUCGUUCAAACACACCCUCCGAUUGUAAGAAACUGGAAAUUAUUCACACCAGUCGUUCAAACACACCCAAUCAAAACUAUCAAAUACCCUCACCAAAUCACAAUCACAUACAAAUAAUAUCCGCCGCCGAAAGCUAUUUAAAUGCCUACAAAGCAAAUCUCAAUUACAACAACAACGAAAAUCAAGAUCUCAUGACAAGAAGUUUGAUUUGUCAAGGAAGUGGCGAUCUCGAGAGACUGAGUAACGAAUUUGACAUGAGUCAAAGUCUCAUUGUCGCCAAAACAACCACCGAAUAUGUUCAAGUUGAAAAAUUCGGUUCAAAUCCAAAUCUCUAUAAUCGUGAUUGUAAUAAAUAUUUACAAGAAUUUGCCUUCAAUUCGAAAAAAGUUCAACCAAUGAGUCCGGCAUUUAAUCGAAAUCCAAGAUAUGAGUGUAAAAAAAAUUUUGGACGUGUGAAGAGUCCCACGCCAAGUACAGGAAGCGGAUGUUCUUUAGAGGAACUUAGGGAGAGGCAGGUUGAUGCAGAGAACAAGAGAAGAGAGGCUGAAAAUAGACGGAAGCAAGCUCAGGAAGAGAGAUUGAGAGAACAAGAGAUGGAGAAGCAAGAGAAACUUAGACUGGAGGAGAUUCUGGCAAUGUGUGCAGAAUACGAGAGACAGACCACUAUUGAUAAACCCAGACAACCUAACAGAAUAAUGACAAAUGGCUCUUUAACGAGGGACAAAAGAUCCGGUCACAAUUCACCAUUCGGGAGUCCAAAGAGCACUUCAAAAAUUCAGCCACACUUUGCAUUUGAGUCAUCAAAGGAAAACAAAUCAACGGCCUAUGAGAACAUAAAUGUUCAAAAUUCAAAGAUAACCUUUCAAAAUGGAGAGACGUCAAAUAACACUCAAAAUACCUCAAAUAUUGUUCACAAUGAAAACGAGAAUAAAUUUACUGUCAGAGAUUCUCAACCAACUACGCCAAACAAUAAUCAGACUGCGAAAUGGCCUAAUAUCUACAACAACGAACAAUCCAAUUAUUUUACGCCGUCUUCUCAUUUUGAGAGUCCAAGUUACGAAAAUAUUAAAAUCGAAAACGGUAUUCAUUCGAAGGAAGCACAAAUUUUUCACGAAAGAUCGAAAAGUGAAUCUCCAUCUAUAUAUGGUAAAGUAAACGGAAGAAAAUUGGACAGUCAAAAUUACGAAAAUUUUGCCCCACUAAAUGGAAAUCUCAGUAUUUACGAGAAUGUUGUAAUGCCACGAAACAACAUUCAAAUAAUGUCCAAUACUUUGCCGAGGAGAAAAAGUAUAAAGUCCAAUAAUUCCUGUGAGAUUAUCGAUAACAAAUUGUUAGUUUCCGAUGACGAUCUCUUGGAUGCAAUUGAACAGCUAAAAAUGUUGCCAAAGUGUAAUGACACAGUUCAAAACAUACCCAAGAGGAUCAACUUGGAAAAGGAUAAUGCCAAAUCGAAUGAAACCAAGUCUGAUAAAGAAAAUAAGGUACACGAGGAGGAGGAUCGAAAAAAGUAUAUGGACUUUCUGGAAAAUGAGAAGCGCCAUAUCCUCGGGAAUAUGGAGGUCUUCAAAAGAAGUAUAGCUGACAUAGAAAAUCAAGAGGAGGAAAUCAAUAGAGAGCUCGAACUGGAAAAAGCUCUUUUAUCAGCUGAAUACGAAUCGGAGUCUUUGAAGGUAACUCAGGAUGAAAGUGAAAAAAUAAAAAUUCAGAUGCGUAUAAAUGAAUUGGAAAGAGAAAUGGCGCAGGAUAGUUCCUCUCAAGCGAAUUUACAGGCGGAAGCAAGACAACGAGUUCAAAAUGCGCAACAUCUUUGCAAUGAAUUUGAAGAUGAACUUUCAAAUUGCAUAAAUGACGAGAUUCGAGAAGAGCUUACUGACAAAUUAAGCACUCAGCAGGAUAUUUUUGAGACCGAGAGAAAAGCUUUUGAGGAUUUAGAGUUCCAUCAUUUGGAAGAAGAAGCAAGUAAAUUGGCUACGAGGGAAGAAUUGCAAAGGUAUCUCAGUGAACUUUCAACGAGGAUAGAAAGUAGAAAAGUUCAACUUACACAUUUGGAAUCGCAAAAGUCUGAAAUUAAAAACUCAGCGACCAAAGAUACAAAAAAUUUAGAGAGACAAAAAUUGGGACACCUGAGAAGACUGGAGGAAGGUCGAAAUCGAUUACGAGCCAUUGAAGACGAACUGGAAAGUUUAGCAAGAAAUGCGCCAGAAUGUGAUGAAAAACGAUCGCCGAGUAGAGAAGACUUUGAUAGAAUAUCAAGAGUCACUACGGAUUCUCCAAUAGUCAACAAUCAGGGAAGUUUGGGAAGAAAAACAAUAGAGUCGUUAAAAGAAAUAGAGAGGAACCGCCAACUUCAUCUAGCAAAACAAGGAAGCCAAGUGAUUUCGGAGGAACGACGAAGGGUAGAGGAAUUGAAAAGAAGAGUUCAGGAUGAAGUGCGUUCACAAUGGGAAGAAAGAAAGAUGAAUUGCACUUCAUUCAAUAGUGUGGAAUCCGGAGAGGAAUCCAGUUACGGUCCUACCGAAAGUGGGAGCGGUAGUGACGGUGCGGAAGGAGCAACCAGUGAUAAAAUAUCGCCGAGUAAACUUUCAGAAUUUACCUCCCCAAGUCCUGGACCAUCGAAUAAUUCAUAUUCACUUCUUUCUACAGACAACAUGAGGGAUGAUAGAAGAAUUUCUUUAGAAAACGAACGCUACAGCACAACUAGUGUUGGCAUUCUGGAUGGAAAUGGAAGUCGACCUUUGUCACAAACUUCGAGUGAAAUGGAUACAUUAGGAACUUCGCAAACUAUCAAACACCGAGAAAAAGCUAAACUACAGAGACCACUCACAAGGUAUCUUCCGAUAAAAUCAGAAUCUCUGGAUUUGAGACUACAUAUCGAGACGGCAGGACAUCAACUACCACUAAUUCAUGAUGUGUCUGUUGAUAUAACAAGUUGCUGCGGAUAUUUAUCAAAAAUGAGCAAAAAAUUUCAUCAUUGGAAUAAGCGAUGGUUUGUUUUCGAUAGAAAGAGGAAAACACUGUCAUAUUAUAGUGACAACAAUGCUAAGAAACCUCGCGGAGUCAUUUAUUUCCAGUCUAUCGAGGAAGUCUACGUGGAUCAUAUGAAUUCGAUAAAAUCUCCACAACCAUCACUGACAUUUAUCAUCAAAACGACAACGCGACUUUAUCAUCUAAUGGCACCGAGUUCGGAAGCAAUGCGAGUUUGGGUCGAUGUAGUUUUCACCGGAGCUGAAGGUUACCACGAAUUCGAUCACGGAGUUUGAAAAAUAAAUCCAAUUUUUCUUGGAGUAAAAGUCAUGAGAGGCCGAAAGGCUUUUUGAAAAAAUUUCCUCCCAGUGUCGAGAUGACAUUUGAGGAUUUGUCGACUUUCUGAAUAAUUGUCAAAAAAUGCCAAUUAUCAAAAAUAUGACAACGCGCUUUAUCAGAAAGAAGAAAAGUAUGAUUAAUUCGCUUUGAUCGUAAAUUUGAUCAAACACUUCAGGUGUAAAAUAAACUCAAGUAGAGUAUAAAUUCGCUAAAUUUCUCAAAAAUUCGCUUCAAUUUCCAAAGGUGCUAAAUUAUUUAUAAAUAACUAUUUUUUUGGAUUAUUUAAAUUAAAAUUAAAUUAAAAUAAAUUGAAACUGAAUUGCAAUUGAAUUGAAAUUAAAUUGAAAUUGAAGUUUAAAUAAAUAAACUUUUAAAAAUAUUUUCUCUAAUGCGUAUAGAAAAAAUUGUUCUCAAUUUACUCUCUUUGCGCGGGAAUUAAAUUAUCCUCGCGAAUGAGUAUUUUAAAUAAAUUAAUGUACACGAUAAAACACUUUUUUUUAAACGUAAAACAAAAAAAAAUUACACUGCCAUUAGACAUAAAAAUGUCUAUACAGAUUUUAAAAUCUAGCAGUUAAAGUUAAUAUUUUUAGAUCGAUUUUAUCGGUUAUAUAAAAACAGGGCAUUAGCGAGAUUAUAUAUACAAGUAUUACUCGUCGAUACCUUAAAAAAAAUAUAUACAAGUCUGUUAGUAUAUAGAAAUAUUAAUCUAGUCUUCCAAUUUAGGAAAAAUGUAAAUGCAGAUUCGUAAUCUCGUUGAUGAGUCUUAACUUAUAAGGAAGACCGUCGACCUUUUUAUCGAGAACAAUAAUGCCAUUUUCGAGUUUUUCGGGGAAAAAAACAACUAAGCAUGUAAUGUACGAAAAUUUGUAAAUAUAUACAACUUCUCAUAAGCCUAGCUUAAUAUCUCAGAAGUGCUUACCCUUUUUACAGAUUUUUUUCUUCGAAUUGUAAAACAAAAAAAGUAUUUUUAUCAAAUAUAUAUUGUAGAAAAAGGAUAAUCGUUUUCUACUUAAAUUAGUGCCAAUCAGAAUAAGAGUAUUAGAAAAAGGAACUGAAAAGUUAAAAUAAAUAGGAAAGAAAUUAUGAAGAAUAAAAGGAGAGAAUUACAAAAUAAGUAUUGUAAAAAUUUAGAAUCUAGCGACGACGGUAAGCGUCAAAAAUAAAUUCCUUUCUGCGAUAGGAAAAUUAGUGUCAUUUUCAAUACUAAAAAAUAUUUUUUUGUCACUCAACAUCGACGCCAACUUCAGGGAACUAAAUUUAAUUUGUAGACUACAAAAUUUUAAUGUCCGUGAAAUAAGCGUCGACGCUCAGUGUCGAAUACUAUUUUUUGAAACUUUGAGAGACGAAAAUGUUACUAAUUUCCUAAAUUCACAUCUUUUAUUCACCUAAAUAGUUUUAAACUUUAACAGAGUAAUUUUUUAACCUAAAAACUUGGAAAAAAGUUUUCGAUUUCGUAAAAAAUCCUUUUCAACGCUUAGCGUCGACGCUAACUUCAACGACCUAAAUUAGUAUUUUAUGAUUCUAAUUGGCUCUAGAAAUUUGAUAUACGAUAUACGGCAUCAAAUAAUACCGUAGAAGGUAAAAUUGAUCGUCAAA